AUGUUUCUUUAUCUUGUAGCUUUGAUAGCUACAUCACUUAUUAUUUUUGGACUCGUGCACGCCAGGUGCUUAGUCAAUUUGCUACGAUCAUCAGUUCGGGCUUCCCUGUUCAUAUGCAAUGGACUAAUUCACAGAUCUCCGAUCGAGGAGUCGUUCAACAAUGAAGAUGUUGAAAAUGAUUGCACACUUUCUUUGGGUGCAACAGAAGAGGAGAACUUCCAGGCACAAAGACUGGUGUUUGACAAUAACGAAACUUCUAUUGCAGACAACGCAGGAAAAGAAAAUAUAUUUGAAUCUCUAAAAACUACAAUUGCAAGGAGUACCAAUCCAUCAACUCGAUUAAAUACCACACAAAUAUAUGAUUUGAUUAUGGAAGAAACGCUCAAGGAAAGCUCGGCGAGGCAAAAGUUGUUGGACGCUGAGAGGAGAAAGUUUAACGAAAGAGUGCCUUUAAAGAUAACGGACCAUCUCCCUUCGUCAUCAGAAAAUCCACCCGAGCGCGCAAGUGGUAACGAAAACCCACCCAAAUCUGAUCAUUGA